CAGAAGGCCUGUACCCGCAGCCCUGUCUCCUCCCCCUGGGGUGAGUCCAGCGGCAGCCUCCUCUUUCCAGACCAACCGACCCACAGCACAUUGAUUCUCCAGCUCUGACAGAGUCGGCUCCUCGGGGAGGCCGUCCCCCGCCCCUCCCUCCACCUACCAUAGCUCAGCCAGCUUGUCAGGAAAGGCUAAGCGUACCUCCAGCUGAGGGUCUCAGGGGCCUCCUUGCUCCGUGGCAGACCCGCUUCCAUCGCAGCCUCCCAUGCCGAGGCCCACCUUGUCAGUCACUUCCUUUUGUCAUCGGCUUGGCAAACGGGAGAGAAAACGGAGCUUCAUGGGAAACAGCAGCAACAGUUGGUCUCAUGCACCAUUCCCCAAGUUGGAACUGGGCCUGGGGCCCCGCACUGCUGCACCCCGGGAGCUGCCUGCCUGCUCCAUCUGUCUGGAGAGGCUACGUGAGCCCAUCUCACUGGCCUGUGGCCACGACUUCUGCAUUCGGUGCUUCAGCACGCACCGUGUCCCCGGCUUCGAGCCACCCUGCUGUCCUGAGUGCCGGAAGAUCUGCAAGCAGAAGAAGGGCCUCCGCAGUCUGGGGGAGAAGAUGAAGCUCCUGCCGCAGCGGUCAUUGCCCCCUGUGCUGCAGGAGAGCUGUGCCAUAAGGGCAGAACCACUGCUGCUGGUGCGCAUCAACGCCUCAGGGGGCCUCAUCCUCAGGAUGGGGGCCAUUAACCGCUGUCUGAAGCACCCCCUGGCCAGGGACACCCCUGUCUGCCUCCUUGCCGUCCUGGGGGAGCAACACUCAGGGAAGUCCUCCCUCCUCGACCACUUGCUCCGGGGCUUGCCGGGUCUGGAGCCUGGUGGUGAGGACAGCUGGUCCAGAGGAGGAGAAGGGUCCCUGCAGGGGUUCAGAUGGGGUGCCAAUGGCCUCAGCAGGGGCAUAUGGAUGUGGAGCCACCCCUUCUUGCUGGGGAAGGAGGGAAAGAAGGUGGCUGUGUUCCUUGUGGAUGCGGGAGAUGCCAUGAGUCCUGAGCUGAGCAGAGAAACAAGGAUCAAACUCUGUGCCCUCACCACCAUGCUGAGCUCCUACCAGAUCCUGAACACCUCCCAGGAGCUGAAGGACAUAGACCUGGACUAUCUGGAGAUGUUUGUCCAUGUGGCUGAGGUGAUGGGCAGGCAUUAUGGGAUGGUGCCAAUCCAGCAUCUGGACCUCUUAGUUCGUGACUCAUCCCACCCCAACAAGGCAGGGCAAGGUCACAUGGGUGACAUCCUUCAGAAGUUAUCUGGCAAAUAUCCCAAGGUCCAGGAGCUUCUCCUAGGGAACCGAGCCCGCUGUUACCUCCUGCCUUCCCCAGGCGGGCGGUGGGUGAACAGAGGCCGAGGAAGUCCCCGAAGUGACACAGAUGAUGACUUCCGCCACCUUCUUCGGCCCUAUGUCUUGGAUGUGCUGAGUGCAGCCCCCCAGCACGCUAAGAGCCGCUGCCAGAGCUACUGGAGCGAGGGGCGCACCGUGGCCAGGGGAGACAGACGCCUACUCACCGGGCAGCAGCUCGCUCAGGAGAUCAAGAACCUCUCGGGCUGGAUGGGGAGGACAGGGCCCGGUUUCAGCUCUCCUGAUGAGAUGGCUGCUCAGCUGCACGACCUGCGGAAGGUGGAGGCCGCCAAGAAGGAGUUUGAGGAGUAUGUAAGGCAGCAGGAUGCAGCAACCAAGCGCAUCUUCUCUGCACUCCGAGUCCUGCCAGACACCAUGCGGAACCUGCUCUCCUCCCAGAAGGACGCCAUCUUGGCCCGCCAUGGAGUGGCCUUGCUGUGCAAGGAGCGUGAGCAGACCUUGGAGGCCCUGGAGGCUGAGCUGCAGGCCAAGGCCAAGGCCUUCAUGGACUCCUACACUAUGCGCUUCUGUGGCCACCUGGCCGCAGUUGGGGGUGCCGUAGGAGCUGGGCUCAUGGGCCUGGCGGGGGGCGUUGUGGGUGCAGGCAUGGCUGCAGCUGCACUGGCAGCAGAAGCUGGGAUGGUAGCAGCAGGGGCGGCAGUGGGGGCCACGGGGGCUGCUGUGGUAGGGGGUGGUGUGGGUGCUGGGCUGGCUGCCACUGUGGGCUGCAUGGAGAAGGAAGAGGAUGAGAGGGUGCAGGGAGGAGACCGAGAGCCCCUUCUCCAGGAAGAGUGACAGCCCAAGAAAUGUUCAAGAGUGGGAGAGAUAUGAGGUUGGGGAGAUAGUAGAGGGUGAGGGUGGGCGAUACCCAGGAUGCUGAGGGGCCCACAUAUACCACAGUGUUCCUGUGAAUGCCCUCUGCCAAUCUGGGGACUCAAGGUACAUCCAGGAACCCAGAGAGGUUUUCCAGGUCAAGAAAACAGCCAGUGAGUAGAGCACAGGGUCUGUUUCUGGCUACAGAUGAUUGUUGAUCCACUGCUGUCCUGGUCCUAGGUAAGCUUGACCUUGGGGUUUUCUGCUAUGAGCAAGGUGCCACCCUCCCGCUCCAGCUUAUUUCCCUGGAAGAUCUUGGAUUGGAGCAAGGUGGAGCAGGUGUCACCCUGCAGGUCUGUUCCUGGUUCAAUAGCCCUGUCAUGUCAUAGAUGGAAGGGUCCCCAGCAUGGUUAGGAAGGGACACUGGGCCAAACCAAUGAGGCAAAUUAUGACAGAUGGUGGCCAACCCCCACAGUAGACACUUGUUCCCAGGAUGCAUUGCAAAGCUGCUCCAGCACGACUAAGGUGGCUGCCUCCCCUCCCCUGCAGCCUGGCAGCCAUGUGUGUGCAUCCUGAAUGGCCCUGUGCCCGGCUUGGGCUCAUGCCUUUUGUCAAGUCCGUUCAGACAGAGGAGUGCCCGUGUUCUUUGCGGAACGCCCUCGCAACAGAGUAAAUGCCAAAGAAUCACACUUGAAUUUCAUUCUGAGCUAAACUAGUCUAUUCCAGAUUCUAUCAAAGCCUCAUAAAGGAAACCAAAGGGAAGAGAUUCUAUCCUCAAACAUGUUGUUUCUCCCCUGAGCUUGUGAAAGACCAUUCUGCUCUGUCUUAGAACGCCUCUGAUGCUGCUCCCCGAGUACCAGAUCCAUGGGGAAUUUGUGGGGAGCCCUUCUCUACAGACAAAAAGUCAUACUAGGAAGACUUUGUGGGCUACUAAAGUGUAAAGUAUGCUGGGCACACAACCCUUUAUUUUAUGAAAAAAUAAA